AUGUCUAUUGUCAAGGUGACCCUCGUCGGUGCGACAGGAAAUCUGGGAGAACCCAUCCUUGAUGCUCUGGUCAAUGAAGGCGUCUUCAAGAUCACAGUUCUUCAGCGUGCCUCAUCCAAAUCAAAACCCGGGCACCUCGACAAGGUCCAAGUCGAUACCAUAUCCGACAGCCUGCCAAUAGACGAGCUUACAGAGAAGCUACGCGGCCAAGAUGCUGUGGUUGUCUGCUACCGGGCAAAAGACGCCUCCGAGCAGAUCAAGUUCGGGGAGGCGGCAGCCGCCGCCGGGGUCAAGAGGCUCAUCCCCGCCGAUUUCGGCAGCUGCGACAGCAACGGCAAGAGGGAGAGGGAGCUUGUCAAGCUCUUUGACCUCAAGCAGCAGAUCCGUGAGAGCCUGCAGAAGCUGGCAGAGGAGCACGAGGGCUUCAGCUGGACGAGCCUGGUCAACGGGCACUUCUUCGACUGGGGGCUGCGGGAGAGCUUCCUACACUUCGAUCUGAAGACUAGAAAGGCGGAGAUCAUCGACGAUGGCAACACGAAGAGCUCCCAGGCGACUCUGGCGCAAAUCGCCAAGGCGACAGUGAGUAUCCUGCAGCGGCCGGAAGUGACGAAGAAUAAGAUGCUAUUUAUCCAGAGCUUCUGCGUCAGCCAGAACGACGUUCUGCGGUCUCUGGAGAAAGCAAUGGGUGUCAAGUGGGAGGUCGAAUAUGUUGAGUCCGAGAAGUUUAUUCGUGAAAAGAAGGCCUUGGCCGAUCAGGGCAACAAAGACGCCAUCGAGGAUUUGGUUUUCGUCCUGGGGGCUAUCAACGGAAACUGGGAGACGAGGCCUGACUUCGCCAUGGACCUUCUUAGCUUGCAAGAUGAGGAUUUGGAUACCAUUGUUCAGCAAGUCGUGAAUGAGACGGCUGCCAAAUAA